CGACCCAACCUCGCCCACACCACGCCACCCCCGGCCCCUUCAAACAGCACCGUCUUGGCCAGCCACCAGGCACGACGUUGCGCCGCACCACGGCCUGUAGGCAUGGCCACGGGCGCCGCUCAAGGGCCGUCGCUCGACGUCGUGGCCCUGGUCUCCGGAGGCAAGGACAGCUUCUACUCCAUUCUCCACUGCCUCGCCCAAGGCCACCAGGUGGUGGCCCUCGCCAACCUCCAUCCGCCCUCGUCCUCAUCCACACGGGUCCCUCCCGUUGCUGGCAUUGCUCCCGCGGCUCAGCACAGGGCAUCCGGGGGCUCGGACUCCCUCUCCACCGCGGCUCUUGCCACCCACAAUGCCAAUAAUGGCAGCAGCAGCCAUGAUGAUCCGCCAGAAUCCGACCUGAACAGUUUUAUGUACCAGACGGUGGGGCAUCAAACAAUCCCAUUAUACGCCCAGGCCACCGGGCUGCCCUUGUUCCGUCAGCCCAUCCAGGGCACUGCUAUCCACCACGGCAUCAGUUACUCCCCCGACGGCCACCACCGGCGUACUGACCAUGAUGCCGCCGGCGUCAACGGACCUGCGGACGCAGGUGCGGACGCUGACGACGACGAGACCGAGUCUCUUGUCCCUCUGCUGCGUGCGGUGCUGAGAGCUCACCCGAAUGUCAACGCCGUCAGCACCGGAGCCAUCCUUUCAACGUACCAGCGCACGAGGGUCGAGUCAGUAGCCAUCCGCCUGGGCCUCGUUCCGCUGGGCUAUCUCUGGCAAUACCCGGAUCUGCCCCGGUCUUUGCCGCCGCCGCCAUCGUCAUCUUCAUCGUUGGCAGUGGGCGUCGGGAGCGCCGUGGUCGAUGAUGAUGCCCAGCUCCUCCGUGACAUGGCCCACACGGGUCUCGAGGCACGUAUCAUCAAGGUGGCCAGCGCGGGCCUGGACGAAGGCACACUAUGGGAGAACGUCGCUUCGGAAACAGGCAUCAGCCGGAUCCAGCGCGGUCUGCGGAAGUUUGGUGGUGGCGGGAAGGGUGCUGUGCUCGGUGAGGGCGGCGAGUUCGAGACUCUCGUCGUGGAUGGCCCUCCUGAGCUGUUCAAGGGCCGGAUUGUCGUUCACGAGGACGACCGGCAGGUGGUACGUGAAGGCGGUGGCAGCGAGUGGCUGCUCAUUCGUAGAGCUGCAGUCGAGAUGAAGACGGACUCGUCCGCAGCCAAUGUGCUGCCGGCGGCUCAGAGGAGCGUGCCCAUACCGGCACUGCUCGAUAGCAAGUUCGAGGCAGUCCUCGAGGUCUCGGGGCAGCAAGUCGUGCCCGAGAGCACUGCUCAUGAUGACCGUGACACUCUGUCUAUGAGGCUGCCUCUGGCAAUCAGUACUCCUUGUCAAGGCGGCAAUGCUCGUGCAUGUUUUAUUGGCGAACCGGAUGCCGGCAGUGUACAGCAACAGACUGAGCGCGUCGUUCGUGACAUCAGAUCCUACCUCGCCGAGCGCUCUCUCGAGCCGGUGGACAUUCUCAAUUCCAUCAUUGUGCUCCGGCACAUGAACGACUUCCCGGCCAUCAACAAGCUCUAUGGCUCCCUCUUCACGGAGGCCAACCCGCCUGCCCGGGUGACAAUUUCCUGUGGCGACCAGCUACCCUCCGGAUGCCAGAUCGUCGUAUACCUCGUCAUGCAACGCUCGACAAGGGACGAGCACAGAAAGGGCCUCCACGUGCAGUCGCGCUCGUACUGGGCACCCGCCAACAUCGGGCCAUACAGCCAGGCGAUUGCCUACCCCUUGCUGCCGCCAUCGAGCUCUACGACCGAUGGCAACUACCACUCGCUGCCAGCUGCGGUGUCUAUAGCCGGGCAGAUCCCCCUGGUGCCCGCGACCAUGGAGUUUCCCACACCAAGGAGCAGUAACAGCAGCAGCAGCGGCAGUCAGGGACCGGACGUCCAGCAGAUCACCCUCGCGCUGCAGCAUCUCUGGCGAGUCGGCGCUGCGAUGGACGUGGCAUGGUGGACCAGCGCGGCGGCUUACUUCCCGUCUACCACCACCACUUCCACGGCAGAGAACAAUCUCUCCAGCUCACGGCCAUCACCACCACCACCAGGAGGCGGCGCCGCGAUGGUCAAGAACAGCAUCGCCGCGGCCGCCGCGUGGCGGGAAGCACACGUCUGGUCUGCCCCGCGCAAUAAUGCCAGUGGUAAUGACGAUGACGAGGGGCCGGAUCUCUGGGACAGGCGGUACAACGCGCAGUACCAGUCCUUCGCCUCGUCCGGGGCAGCGGGAGGUGGCGGUGAUGGAGAUUCUUCUUCCGGACCCCCGCAGCUGCCAAAGUGGAAUGUCGUAGACGCUUUCGCUGCUGCUGCUGAUGACGAUGAGGAUGACGAUGACGAAGAUGCUGAUUAUGGAGACGAGGAGGCACGGGAACGUAGACGGGCGGCCCAGAGAGCCCGCAAGAUGGCGUACGUCCCGUUCUUCUUCGCCGCCGAGGUCGAGGAGCUGCCCCGGUCCGCGGGCGUCGAAUGGCACGCGCACAUUGGGCUCUCCAAGAUCCCCGAGGGCUCGGUGCGGGUGUGUAGUAGUACCACCACCAUCGCCACCACCGCUGCUGCUGCUGCCAUCACGUCCGCUGAACCCGCUCCUGGCAAUGAAGAAGGCAGAGGCAAGUCGGGCGAGAGGGACCUGCAGGAUGAGGAGGAGGAGGAGGAGGAGGAAGGCGAGUUCGUUAUUGAGCUACACCACGUCGCCGUCACCACGGGGGGGCAUGGUGGCAGCAGCAGCCCUGGACUGGGACCGGGACCGGGACCGGGACAAAGCACAUACCUGCACACGACCGCCGUGCUCCGACGCGGCGCCGGCGCCGGCGACAGCGGUACAUAUACAGGAAAUACCGCUACCUUCGCCCUUGCCGACGCCGUGCAGCACCUCCAGCGGGCCCUCGCCUGGUCCAUACCCACCCUUCUCGGCGGCUCAGGGGAAUCGAAGAGCGAGGCGGUGGUGGCGGUGGCCAAGGGCGACGGCGACGGCGACGGCAACGGUGUUGCUGCUACUGCUGCUGCUGCUGCUGCUGCGGCGCCGUACUUGGUCUACACCGACGCCGCGGGCAUCGCGGCCCCGAUCCCGGUUCCCGUGGUCGUGCCGGUCUCUAAAGUGUACGGGUCGCACGGAUCAGCAUCGUCUUCGGCUCCGGCCUCGGAUCCAGCUGCAGCUGCAGCUUCCGCUUCCGCGGCUGUGAUACCGUGUCACUCCCUCCACGACGGCCAGGGGAGGAGACUCGCUGCCGUGGCGCUCUUUGAGACCAUCUUGACCUCCUGAACUUGGGCGUGCUCUCGUGCAGAGGGAGGCAGUCUUGCAGGUUGUGACGAUUGUAUAAGACCCCAACCGGAGGGAGAGCAGCAGACAGCCCUCGUGUCAUCGUUCGUGGAUUGGUGUUGCCUUCAUAGAUAGAUGCCAAGCUAGGUAUUCGUCACCAAGUAUGACGAGCUAUCUGAAGAUAUACAUGCAUCAAAGCUAGCUACAUGACGAGCAAUAUGGGCAGCCACUCCCGGAAGGCGCGUAAUCUUGCAAGAAUGGUAUAUCACCAAGGAAUCAACUCGGAAACGGGCAGGAGAGCGUGCUCUGG